UAUAAAGGUAUAACCACACUUAUAUAAAACCACACCCCCAUAAACCUCUUUAUUUUUCUUUCUAAACAAUGUAUCUCCCUUCUUUUUGUCUGCCUAUAAUCUUCUUCUAUCAACUUACCGCAAUCAUGGCCGCAUCGUCACCACUCCGGCCCGGAUAUUAUGCCGAAACUUGCCCGAACGCAGAGUAUAUUGUUAGAGAUGUUAUGAGAAAAGCCAUGAUCAGAGAACCAAGAAGUGGUGCUUCUGUCAUGAGGUUUCAGUUUCAUGAUUGUUUUGUUAACGGAUGUGAUGGAUCAAUGUUGUUGGAUGAUACUCCAACCAUGCUGGGAGAGAAGCUAUCUUUGUCCAACAUAGAUUCGUUGCGAUCGUACGAGGUUGUCGAUGAAAUCAAAGAAGCACUCGAGACGGCCUGCCCUAUGACUGUUUCUUGCGCGGAUAUCAUUAUCAUGGCAUCUAGAGACGCUGUCGCACUGAGUGGAGGUCCGGACUGGGAAGUAAAAUUAGGAAGAAAAGACAGCCUUUUCGCAAGCCAAAAGGAUGCAGAUGACAUAAUGCCGAGUCCAAGAGCUAAUGCAAGUAUGCUCAUCGAUCUUUUUGCUAAAUACGACCUCACGGUCAAAGAUUUAGUAGCUCUUUCGGGUUCUCAUUCAAUUGGCAAGGGACGUUGUUUCUCCAUUGUGUUUAGGCUAUACAACCAAUCAGGAACCGGGCGCCCUGACCCCGCCAUCGAGCCUAACUAUAAGAAAAUGCUAAACAAACUUUGCCCUCUUGGUGGUGAUGGUAAUGUGACCGGGGAUUUGGACUUCACGCCUCGUGUCUUUGACAACCAAUAUUUUAAAAAUUUGGUGGAUGGAAGAGGCUUUUUGAAUUCUGAUGAGACUUUGUUUACUUAUCCGAAAACUAGAAAAUAUGUCCAAAGGUAUAGUGAAGAUGAAGCCGAAUUUUUUAGGGAUUUUGUGGAUGGGAUGAUAAAAAUGGGGGAUUUGCAAUCAGGUCGACCCGGGGAGAUUAGGAAGAAUUGUAGGGUGGUUAACGGCCAGCCACCAGCUGUUAGCGUGGUGGUCGGCGAGGGAUGGGAAGAUAGAAAAAGAUCGAGUGAGUCUCUAAGCGUAAACUUUACCAUAGAAUGAUUAUUACCAUGAGAAUGGAUAAUUUGUAGCAUCUGUUUUCAUCUUAUAAAAUUAAUGAUUUUCUAAAGUUCUUAAUAUGAAGAUUAAUUAUCAUUCAUUAAAA